AUGUAUUCACAGCAUGCCGCCGCGGGCAUGGCCCCCCAAAAACCAGAGACCUUUAUGCUGAGCACCGAGGCCCAGCAAGCAUUGCCCCAUGACGCUCAGGUUGCUCUGCAGCAGGUUGAUAAUCUGAAAUACUUCCUCAUUUCUGCACCCGUCGACUGGCAGCCCGACCAGUACAUCCGCAGAUUCCUCCUGCCUACAGGCGAAUACGUCUCGUGUGUGCUCUGGAACAACCUCUUCCACAUCUCCGGAACAGACAUUGUCAGGUGUCUCUCUUUCAGAUUCCAAGCCUUUGGCCGGCCGGUCAAAAACUCCAAGAAGUUCGAGGAGGGCAUCUUCUCCGACUUAAGAAACCUGAAGUCGGGAACUGAUGCCUCUCUCGAAGAGCCCAAGAGCCCCUUCCUUGACUUCCUUUACAAGAACAACUGCAUCCGGACACAAAAGAAGCAGAAGGUCUUCUACUGGUACAGCGUGCCCCACGACAGACUCUUUCUUGACGCCCUCGAGCGGGAUCUGAAGCGCGAGAAGAUGGGCCAGGAAGCCACCACCGUCGCCGUCAGCGAACCCGCUCUGUCGUUCCAGUACGACUCGUCUCAGUCGCUCUACGAGCAGCUCACCAAGGCCCAGCAGGCCAACUCGUCCUCCUUCAACGCCCAGCAGGUGACUUUCUCUCAGUCCCAGUCCACCUCUCCCAUCAUGCGCCCCAUGGACAACAUGCCGCCACCGCAAAUGAUCCCCCAAUCCGUAGCCCCUAUGUCGGACGGCAUGGAAGCCAUGGUGCCGUACGGAGCGAUGGGCAUGCCCCAGCAGAUGCCCCCGCAGCAAAUGGUCAAGAGGGAGCCCGACUACGGUCGCGUUCAGUACAACCAGAACGGUGUGCCUAUCACCCAGGGCCACCAGAGACACGCCUCGAUGCCCGCCUACGGCCUUGAGUACUCCCCCGCUCCGUCGUUCGUCUCUUCUCAGUACGAGGACUACAGCAACCGGGGCAUUUCCUUCGAGCCCAUCACGCCGCCUCAGCAAGCUCUGGGCAUGGCCGCCGAGCCUGCCUACAUUGCUAACGAGGAGACAGGCCUGUACACUGCCAUCCCCGACCACAUGGGUGGCAACGUUAACGGUCUCAACGGCAUGAUUCAGCUUCCGCCCUCGAACCUAGCUGGCCCUCAAUUCUCGAGAGCCUACGGCUCGAACAACGUCUAUUCUGUCAUUGAAGGAUCCCCGACAUACAAGCAGAGAAGACGGCGUUCGUCCAUCCCUCCAAUGUCGGCCAUUGCCGCUGCCACUGUCCACGCCGCUGCGCAACAGCAACAACAACAACAACACCAGCAGCACCAGCACCAGCAGCACCAGCACAGACAUUCGGAUCCCCGGCGGUCGGUCUCUGCAUCGGUCGGCCCUGUGGCUGAAGGCGACGAGUCUGCAGACAACUCCCCACCCGGUCUUGCCUACAGCAGCUCCGCCAUGUCCAUGGUAAGCCAGCAGCAUAAGGAGAUGCUCGACCUGUCCCGGCACGGCACCCCGCUGUCCACUGUCGAGGGCAGCCCCGCUCUCAACCCUAUGUCCCUCCAGCAGCAAGACUACUCCCACCUCCAGCACGAUGACAUGUCCGGUGACGGUUCUAUGGGCGGCGCUCCGCGUCCUGGCAUGCAGGGCCCUAACGGCGUCGUCCGCAGAGCCCGCUCCGCGACUGUCAUGGAACUUGGACCCUACCCCCAAAAGUCCCACUCCUGCCCUAUCCCCACGUGUGGCCGCCUCUUCAAGCGUCUCGAGCACCUCAAGCGACACGUGAGAACACAUACACAAGAAAGACCCUACAUCUGCCCUUAUUGUAGCAAGGCAUUCUCCAGAUCAGACAACCUAGCACAACACAAGCGUACUCAUGACCGUGGCGAGAACGGCGAGGCUGCUCUGAACUUCUCCGGCGAGGAGGAGGAAGAGUACUCUGGCGAAGACCAGCUCGGCUCCCUCGAGGAGGCCUCACCCAACUCGGAGAACGCCUACGUCACCGCUUCGCUCAACAGCGUUGCCAACGGCUCAACACCGCCGACGUCCAACGGCAUGGCCCAGUCGUUCAACAGCUUGCAGACUCUCAGCAUGCCGAUGACAAUUAGUCAACCGACAGUGAACGCGAGCGCCAUUAUGUGA